AUGAGACUGAUCAUCCCAAGGAGAGGCGACAAUCAUUGUUUAAAUACUAAUCAAUCAAUAAACAUGGAUUCAAUAUUAGAUGCCAGUGCAGGCCUUGAAUCUUUAAUUAGGUCCAAUUCAAUUGUGUUAUCUAAUAGUUUUGAAGAAUGUAUUGUAUUAUAUAACAAUUACACUUUUAAAUAA